UCCGCUGCGUUCCGUCCGAUAGGGACCAAUGAUCGACGGCGGAAUCAUUGGAUCCCGCCCACGAGAAAUAAUGUCAGCAACCCACCCAUUCGAAACGCAGGACUUAUGUACCCUACGCGUGAGGCCACAAAACGAGUCAUAUCCGAUUUCGCCCCGCCAGACGGAGUCCUAUCCAAGCAUUACCGAGGCGUACUCCAGACAGACUCCAGUCCUAACCCAGCCAGACAGAAUCAUAUCACAGCAGGACAGAAGCGCACCCCUGCAAGAUCCUAACCUAACAAGCCAUCUUCAUCCUUCGACCUGGCCAUCGACAACAAGGACUUUGACUAGGUCAAUCCAGGGAGGGACUACUCCUGCUACUGGACUCCAGAUAGAGAUCGUUGCUGUUAGGUUUAAGGAUAUACGCGUCAAGGAUGCUAUUCCGAACAUAAGAAGCCAUCGCACGUCUCGAUUGGAUAACCAAUGA